AUGGAUUUUAUUAACUAUUGUGACAACAACAGGAUACUCCUAGCUGUGUUACCUCCUCACUCAACUCAGACGCUUCAACCACUUGAUGUGGUGCUGUUUAAACCUCUAUCAACAGCAUACUCAAAAGCACUCACAACGUGGAUCUAUAAGUCUCAAAACAAGUCAUUAAUUACAAGAGCAGACUUCUUUCGACUAUUCUGGCAGGCGUGGGUGAGUAGCUUCACAGAAAAGCUAAUACUUAAGUCCUUUGAGGCAACGGGUAUAGAACCACUUAAACCUAACGUUAUCCUCCGCCGCUUUGUUAAAACACCAGAGACCUCAGAUUCAGAUAAGAGCUCAUCCUCUGUUUACAGUAACGAAGAUUGGCUCAAAAUGGAGUCGUUGUUGCGGCGUGUUGCCAAAGAUCAGGGCAGCAGUGACGCCAAAAAGAUGGGACAAUCGAUCCACCACAUCUCAGUUAAAGCCUCACUCCUCCAACACGAGGUAGAUGGCCUCAAAAAGACGUUGAAGACGCAGAAGAAGCACAAGAAGAAGAAUAAAACCUUAGAUCUACAACAACAGGAGGAAUACCAUAGUGGUGCUGUGUUUUGGUCUCCUUUAAAAGUAAGAGAAGCACGCUUCCGUGAAAGGAUAAAACAACAAGAGGAGAGAGAGGAGAGGCUUAGAAAAGCGACUAAUAAGGAAGUAGCAGCCGCCAAGAAGCUUGUUAAGGAGAAGGAGAAGGAGGAGAAGCGUGUGGCGAGAGAGGUGGCCAAGGAGGUGCGAGAGAAGGAGAAGGCUGAGGCAGCGAUCCAAAAAGCCGAACGGCAGGCUGAAAAGCAACGUCAACAACAAGAGCGCAACACUGCAAAAGCUACACAACUGUCCCAAAAGGGGAAGAGAAAAGCUUUACAAGCAACCUAG